AUGAAAGUCGCAGUGCUGUGGUUAAUAUUACACUUGAUAAGAAACAGCUUAGGGGUAAAGCUCUUAGAGGCGAACCCAGAUGUCAAAAGACUAUACGACGAUUUGCUUAGCAACUAUAACAGGUUGAUUCGGCCUGUUAUGAACGUCAGUGACAUCCUGACUGUGAGGUUGGGUCUGAAGCUCUCGCAACUCAUGGAAGUCAACCUGAAGAAUCAGGUCAUGACUACGAAUUUGUGGGUUGAACAGAAAUGGCAGGAUUACAAGUUGACAUGGGACCCGGCGGAUUAUGGUGGCGUAGAGAUGCUGUAUGUACCAUCUGAACACAUCUGGUUGCCUGACAUCGUGCUUUAUAAUAACUGGGAUGGAAAUUACGAGGUAACAUUGAUGACGAAAGCAACCCUGAAAUAUACUGGAGAAGUGAAUUGGAAACCUCCGGCCAUUUACAAGUCAUCUUGUGAAAUCAACGUGGAGUAUUUUCCCUUCGAUGAACAAACUUGCUUCAUGAAAUUUGGAUCUUGGACUUACAAUGGGGCUCAGGUCGACUUGAAGCAUAUGGACCAAUCUCCAGGAAGUAGCCUGGUUCACGUCGGUAUUGAUCUAAGCGAGUUUUAUUUGUCCGUGGAAUGGGAUAUCCUUGAAGUACCAGCAACUAGGAAUGAGGAGUAUUACCCGUGUUGCCCCGAACCGUUUUCUGAUAUAACAUUUAAGCUAACAAUGCGCAGAAAGACCCUCUUCUACACGGUGAAUCUCAUCAUCCCGUGCGUCGGCCUCACCUUCCUAACCGUUCUUGUGUUUUACCUACCCUCAGACUCGGGAGAAAAGAUAUCGCUCUGCAUCUCCAUCCUGGUGUCCCUCACAGUGUUCUUCCUCGGUCUGGCCGAGAUCAUCCCGCCAACAUCCCUGGCGAUCCCCUUGCUCGGGAAGUAUCUACUAUUCACAAUGAUACUCAUAUCGUUAAGCAUCUCUAUAUUGGUCUCAUUGACGGUGUUCUUCCUGCUGAUGGCCGAGAUAAUACCGCCCACGUCCUUGGCUAUACCACUGUUAGGAAAGUAUUUGCUGUUCACCAUGGUACUGGUGUCGCUUAGCGUCUGGAUGACGGUUCUCGUGCUAAACGUCCACUUCAGGUCUCCUUCAACGCACACUAUGUCUCCGUGGAUGAAGAAGGUGUUCCUUCAGUUCAUGCCCAAACUUCUCAUGAUGAGGAGAACCAAGUACUCUUUGCCGGAUUACGAUGACACCUUCGUCUCCAAUGGAUAUACUAAUGAGUUGGAUAUGAGGGACAGCUUGACAGACGCGUUCUCUACUGGAAAGGAAGAUGAUGGAGACUACCGAAAGUCACCAGGUCCUGAAGACGACAUGCUCGGUGCUGGCAUUCAGCAACGUCCUUCAGUGACGGAAUCGGAGAACAUGUUGCCUCGCCACUUAUCUCCUGAAGUGGCGGCCGCUCUACAGAGUGUGCGUUUUAUCGCACAACACAUCAAGGACGCCGACAAGGACAAUGAGAUACCCCGAGUAAAGUUUCGCGAAUAG